UAGCUUAGCUCGCCCACUUGCUUCCACGCCAGAUCAAUCUCGACGCCCAUGGCGCGCGAGUCAUGGCUCACCAAGGUCCGAUCGGCCAUGUCCUCCUCCACUAAGUCGUCGCCGUCUUCCUCGGCGUCGGGGGCGCCGCCGCUGGCGGGCGCCAACAGCAGGAAGGGCAACGUCGGCAUCCUGGCCUUCGAGGUGGCAAACCUGCUGUCGAAGCUGCUCCACCUGUGGCGCGCCGUGGGGGACGCCGCAGUGGCGCGCCUCCGCCACGAGACAUUCUACCUCGACGGCGUCCGGAAGGUAGUCUCGGACGACGACGCCUUCCUCCUCGGCCUCGCGCGCGCCGAGCUAGUAGACGCGCUCCGUGCCGCCGGUGACGCCGUUGGCGCGCUCGCGGCACGCUGCACAGACCCAUGCCUCCGCGACUUCAGGGACGCGUUCCUGGAGUUCGCCGAGGUUGGUCGUGACCGGCACCGGUGGGCCGCGGCGACGUGGAAGGAGAUGGACGUGCGGGCGCGCAAGAUGGACAAGCAGGUGGCCGGCACCACCGCGCUCCGGAGGGCCAUGGAGGAGCUGGUGGAGGCCGAGCACGGCCUCCGGAAGUUCCUCCGGUGCGACGUUGGUGGAGGCGGUGGGGGGGGAGGGCAUCGGCGCAGCUUGUCGGCGAGCAAGAUCUCGGUGGCGGCGGAGCAGCAGCAGCUGAUAUUCUCCAAGAAGCAGGACGUGAAGCACCUCAAGCAGACGUCUCUGUGGGGAUGCACCUUCGACGUCGUCGUCUCGUCGCUGGCGCGCACGGCUUUCACCGUCCUUGCGCGCAUAAAGCUCGUCUUAGGCGACGGCGGCCGGGACCAGCGGCACGCGCCGCUCCACCGGAGCCUCACCCUCUCGUCCGCGGUCCACCCGUCCCUGGACGCACCGCCGACGCCGUCGCGCAAGUCCAUGUCGAUGGAGACGUUGCCGCCGUUCGACGUCGUCGCCACCGUCCAGGUCCAGAGCGCGAGCAAAUGGCGGCGCGGCUUCUUCGAGUACAGCUCGGCGACGCUGGUGCCGCCGGCUGGGACACUGGGCGCGGCGGCCCUGGCGCCGCGGUACGCCGGGCUGGUGAUCUCGAUCGAGCGGAUGGCGCGAUCGCCGCGGCGGAUGGUGGGCCCAGACGAGCGGGACGAGCUCUACGGCAUGCUCACGGCGAGCGUGCGCGCGCAGCUCCGGGCGCGGCUGCGCGGGGCUGUAGCCGAGGCGGACGCGGGUCUCGCCAGCGAGUGGCGCGCCGCGCUGGGCGGCAUCCUGGAGUGGCUGGCCCCCAUGGCGCACGCCACAGUGCGGUGGCAGGCGGAGCGCAGCUUCGAGCAGAGGAAGACGACCACGACGACGACGGACAUAUCCCGGUUGCCACCUCGGGGCGGGGGCGGCAACACGUUCUUGCUGCAGACGCUGCAGUUCGCCGACCGCGACAAGGUGGAGGCCGCCGUAGUAGAGCUGCUCGUCGGGCUCAACUACGUGUGGCGGUUCGAGAAGGAGAUGAGCUGCCGCGCGCUCUUUGCCGUCCACCGCCAGCUCCUCGACGGCACCGGCGCCACCGAGGACACCGGCCGCAAUUGCCAUGUUGGAGGCUACGCCGUCGACGGGAGUGGCAAUGGAACAGUAAGCUCGUGCGCGUAAACCGCCUGAUCACAAACCGACGGCGUCGAAAUCCGUGUGUUUAAUUGUUUCUUGUUUUCUCGGCCCCUAGCUAUAGAUUUUUGUGGUAAUUGGGGCCAAAUGGGAUCUUGAUGUGAGUGAUUAACUAGCUCUUCCUGCAUGUAAUAGAACAUAGAAAUGAAAUAUUCUCAUAUAGUUGUAUAAA